UUGUUUAUCCACUAACAAUUUUAUCGGUUUAUUGGGCAUGUUAACCACUCUGCUGUUGAAAUUCUAUGUACCACGUGAAAUCUUUGAACAAUACACCAAAUGGGAUUGUGUGGGAAAAGUCAUUUGGAGAUUUUUCGGCUUAAGUUCCGGUUGCAUAGCAGCCGUUAUGGCCAUAGAACGUUGGAUGGCUUUGGCAAGACCAUUUAUAUAUCACAAACACAUUACAUAUGAAUUGGUGCGUAAAACUAUUAAAUCCUUAAUAUUAAUAGCAGUGGUCAUUACGUUUUUGCCAUUCUUUGGUUUCGGUGCCUAUAUGGAUGAUAGUGAUCCAAAUAAAGUGAAAUGUUUACGUUAUCGUGAUGCUGAGGGUUUCUUGAAUAAAACCUAUUCAGUAUUGUUUAUGUUAUUUGGCACUCUAUUGUGUGUGGUUAUAGUCGCCUGCAACUUAUUUGUUACACGCGUUCUAUGCUUCAUUGGACGUACACGUACCACUCAACGUCACAUGACUUACGACAUGGUAAAUCGUUGUGAAAAGGGUUCGACCGCACAAAUUGAUGGUGAGAGCUCUAGCGGCACGACACUGUAUCAGCAUCAUCAAAGCAGUACGACACACAUACCACAAUAUCAUCACACUAACAGCGUGACUUUGACAGCAGCCGCAUCGCCCGAUGAAAUUAAAUUCGCCAAAUUAAUGUUGUUCUUGAGCAUUUCAUUUGUUAUCUGCUGGAUGCCACAAAUGAUUGCCAUACCCAUGGCCAUAGUACCGAAUCGUGUUCCCAAAGCUCAUCCUUUCUUUUUAGUAGCCGAUAUGUUGAUGGCUUUACAUUUUACAUCGGACCCUUAUGUUUAUGUCUUGAGUCGCACGAAACACUCGUACAUUUUGGGAUGCCUCAAGCGCUGGCGUACCGGUUUAAAACGUUCACAAAGCGAUCAAAGUCGUUUACGCACAACCAUCGAACAACAUACUUUAGAUUGUGGUCUCAAUUAAGUUGACAUUGCUUUUUGGUUUUAAUUUUCUGAUCUUCUUUUUCGUAUGUUGCUGCUGGAUACUUUUAAUAUUUUUUUUUCUUUGAUAAUUACAUGCUUCCUUUGUGACGUAAAGACAUUAUAAUUUUUUAAGGCACAGUGGGUUAUAGUUUAUAAAAAAAUAACUUAAAUGUUAUUAUAAUUUAUCAGAAAAGUUAUUGAUCUCAUUGAAAACAAAUCUGAAAUUGGCAAUAUUUUCUUAUUCCAAAUAUUGGGAACUUAUUAGUUAUUCAGUUUGGCACAGUUUAACACAAAACAAGUAAGGGAACAAGGUUUAUUAACAAUUUAACUUAAGAGUAAUUAAAAUAAGACUAAUUUAGUGGCCCGAACGAAAACUGUAUACGAAGUAUUAAGCGAAACUUUUGUACGGAAAGACGUGGCUUUAUCAACUCCGAAAAUGAUUUCUAACCGAUUGGAAUAUUUUAUAUAACACCAAUAUUUCUGUUCCUUUUAAACAUCAGCACAAACCCUCCUCACUUUAGUGGUGUAAAGUAUAGAAAUCUAAUUAGUUUUCUAAAUAUAAAUACAUAUAAUGCAAUCGUACGUCUUAUUGAAAUU